UAAAGUAGAUUAUAUAUAUGGACAAAAAUAGCCAAUUGUGUUAUACAGGAAGUCUAUUGUGUUGUGCAGAGCAAAGAUUCACAUGGGUUGACUGGAGUACCGUGAGUCUUCGGUGAUAGUGGACAAGCUUAAAUACAUACCUGGUACAUGUGGCUUGUUGUUCUGGACCUGGAGUAGAGAUAAAACAAAGAUGAAAAUCAGCUCGAUGACGUUGACGGUGGUCGCCACGGGCGUAUGUCUUCUGGGACUAUAUCAACUGUUGUCUGUUAUGACAUGGCUACGUUACAUGUACACAGAUUACUUACAGCGAUCAUCCCACCUUACAAUGUACCAGUUUAUCACGAUGAGACGACAACAAAUCAAAUUCAACGUUCAUAUCCACGAUACACGGUCAAUUACAUGCACAAAUACGACAGUGAACAGACUAGAUCCGUUCCAUUCUUCCGCUCUGCCAUAUAUUGCUCAUUUUCCACCGCUCAAAUGUAGACGACAGACAUCAGUGGCUGAAAGUAAAAUUGACAGAGAUGGGUACUUGACGCUUAUCAUCAAAAACUAUUCCAGAGUAACCGAUAACAUACACUGUUAUUAUCAAUACAUACGACACCCGACAAAACCUUACAAAGAGGAUGAGGCAUUUGUUUUUAGUAAAAGGAUUGAUUUACCUCUAGCAAAUAGAGUAAAACUUCAAGAAGAUUUUGUGUAUGUUUCCUGCAUGAACAAAUCCGGCUACAAAGUCUAUGAAAAUUUUCAUCUCCAUAUGGUAAAAAGAGAUGAGCAUAUUUUCAAAAAAUACUCUGAAACAACGGGAAGACAACCAAGGCUGAAUGUGUUAAUUGUGAUCAACGACGGAGUGUCGAUGUCUGGUGCCGUUCGUUAUCUUCCAAAAACAACAGAAUACUUAAAAAAAGCAAUGAACGGGACCAUAUUUCCCGGGUACCAUACAGUUGGUGAAAAUUCUCUGCCGAAUUUUUUCCCGCUUCUGACUGGAUUGCCUCAUUCUGAGGCCAGUACUGAUACCCCGUUUAUAUGGAAUCGCUUCGCAGAGAAAGGCUAUAAAACGUUUUACUUGGAGGACAAAGUAUACGCCACCUUCACCUAUAUAGAUCCUGCGCCUAUCCGGCCGCCUACAGACUUCUACACACAUCCCUUCUGGGUGGCAAUGGAGAAUUCUUCCUUGUAUUGGGACUCACAGACUUUCUGCCUGGGCGAUGAACCUAUACAUCGAAUUGCACUUCACUAUCUCGGAUAUUACAUUAAAAAUUACCAACGUCAUCCAUAUUUUGGACUUUAUUUUCUUAAUGAAUUAACUCAUGAUGUUGACAGCCCUAUCCAGUUAGCAGACGUUGAUUACAGAAACUUUCUGAAAGAACACAACGAAAGAGGGUAUUUAAACAAUACCAUAAUACUUUUUAUGAGUGACCAUGGUGCAAGGUUUGGCAGGCUCCGCUCCACACCUAUUGGCCGCCUAGAAGCCAGUAAUCCUCUGCUGAUAAUGGUUCUGCCCAAAUGGCUCAGGAAGCAGUAUCCACACAUAUCAGCAACUGUAAACUCGAACGCAGAUCGACUGGUCACUCCAUACGAUAUCCACGCCACGUUAGUCGAUAUCCUUCACUCUGAUAUACCAACUUAUACCGAAGAAAUCACCAAUGGCAAGAACCGUAGAGUAGGACUUGCGAAAGGAAUCAGUUUGUUCCGAAAUCUCCCCAGCAGGAGGACGUGUGCCUCAGCAGGUAUACCAGAAGAUACCUGUACUUUAUGUACACCGCUCGACACAACUUUUCUGGAUAUUAAUUCGGAGAAAGCACGCUUCAUUGCAAACGCACUGUUGGCCCAAAUAAAUGGAGUUCUCGUCAAUGCGACAUCAGGGUGUGACGUUUUACGUAUUUCAGAUAUAACCUACAUAGCCGUAACCUCUGACAGCAGGUUUUCUGUUACAUACAUUGUGGUUAUUAAGACGAUACCAGGGAGUGGGAUAUUUGAAGCGUCUGUGCGUGAGACGAGGGCCAUGGCUUCUGACUCCGCAGAGAGCCAAUACACUGUUAUGACACCAGUUAUACGGCUCAGUCUCUAUGACAACAACUGUUGCUGUACAGAGGACAGUCGCAUAAAGAAAUACUGUCAUUGCAAGGUGACACGAAGACAAAUUCGCAGAAAGGCCUCCCCGAAAGAUUAUUAAAAAAUUAUACCAUUAUGCCUUGUAUUUACAUGUCACACAGUUGCUUAAAUCUAUUUUUCAUUAGUUCAGUUUAACAUACAUAUGCUUAUCCAUUUCAUUUAUUUAUUAGUAAUUUUACUAUAUUCAUUUAUUCAUUUGCGAUAUUCUUAUCGUACAGAUCAUUAUGUGAAUGAAUCUGGUUAUAUUUCCAAUUUUAAUAAACAAUAUUUUAUAAUAUAAUAUAGCGCCAACCUAGCCCCCUCUCUUCCAUAUCGCAAUGGUUAUGGGAAAAACUAUUAAAACGUUUGACAUGUCUGUAUAACGUUUUGAACAUUGCCUAUUUCGGAAACCAUAUCUUACAUGACUUAUGGCAGAGAAAAGCAAUACGUGAAGAUCUUUAUUAUUUAUUAUUCAUUCAAAUGUAGAACAUGAACAUGCACCUUCUCAAACCUAAUGUUCUACUGUGAUUUCCAUAGUGGUUAAUUAAGUGUCCAUACAAUUGUAAAGACACAGGUAAAUGCUUUCAACAAGGGCAAGGUACCUGUUUUGUGGGGUAUUGUUCCAUUUUUCCUGAGGAUUUUGACCAAGUUGGUCCACACAGAUUGCCAGAAUCUUUGUUUUCUUUCAGUUUUUAAUACUUUUCCAGAAUUCUAAAGGGUUCUUUUUUUCAAUGUCAAGAAGUUUUUCUAAAAGUUAAUCUUUGAAUCCUUUUUUUUUCUGUAUUUUUAACAGCUUCAUGAUAUCUAUGCGAUAUAAAGGUGUUCUUUUGGUUACUACGCAAUAGCUUUCCCAAGCUUUUUAUUUUACGUCUGACUUCUGCAUAUGUUGCAUUAAACCAUGGCUGUUUCUUCGCUCUUACUGGUUUGUUUUUAUUUUUUGGUACAGGGUGUUUUCGCUGAACCAAUGACUCAUUAGAAGUAUUCUCAAUUAUGUCAGAAAGCGACUUACAUGCAGCAUUAAACCCUUCUUUUGUGGCUGGAUAAUUAGUAUGUUGCAGUUUGCUUAUUGCCAGAAUAUUUUCUACUUUU